AUGGCUACUACUACCACAUCAGACAAUCCCCAUCCCAUUCCCCUGACCGAAUCCGACGUCUUGGUCCGCGGCUUUCUCGCUGCAAACCCGGAUCUGGACGCCUCUCUCGGGCCGGUGCAAGUCAUGACGGACCGGUAUACGAAUGAGGAGUGGGAGGCGCAAAUUCAAGAGACGGUGCGCGCUGUGCUGGCCGAGGUGGAGAGUGGGAGCAGGGCGAAGAAGGUGUAUCCUGGGCCGCGGAUGAGGGAUGGAGAGAAGGCGUUGAGGGAGUUGAGUAAGACGAUUGAUCAUACGGCGUUGAAAUUGGAUGCGACGAGUACGGUGAUUGAUGGGCUGUGUAGUGAGGCGAGGACGGAGGGCUUCAAGUCUGUCUGCGUCCGCCUCCCCUGGGUCCAACGCUGCGUGUCCAAUCUCAAAGGCUCAGACGUCCUCGUCGCCUGCGUCGUCGGCUUCCACGAAGGGACCCAGGACACACUGCACAAACUCCGAGAAGCGCGGGCAGCCGUCCAAGCCGGCGCAACCGAACUAGACAUUGUCCUCAACCACACCUUACUCACCCAACACACCUCCCCACCUCCUUCCUCUUCCUCUUCUUCCGCCUCCUCCAACACGCACUCCCAUCGCUCCAAAACAAGCACAGACACCAUCACCGCCCUGCCAAACCGCGACUCUGCAAUCGACGACAUCACCGCCGCAAACACCCUUUUAAACACCAACUCUACAUCCUCCUCCCCUCCUCCCAGCACCACCUCCACCUCCACCACUACCACCAGCAACAACACACUACAAACAGACUACUCCCUCCUCUACCGCGAACUCGCCUCCCUCCGCUCCCUCUGCCCCUCCCCCGUCACCCUCAAACUCAUCCUCGAAACCUCCCAACUCACACACCCCCAAAUCCUCGCAGCCGCACACCUCGCCGCCGCCGCCUCCUUUGACUUUAUCAAAACGUCCACGGGCUUCAACGGCCACGGCGCCACCCUGCCACACGUUCAGCUCAUGGUUGCUGCCGCAGAGUCGCUUGCGAAACGCGGGGUUGGGUCGAGGAAGCUGCAGGUCAAGGCGAGUGGUGGGGUUCGCGAUUUGGAUACCGCGGUUCAGAUGUUGGAGGCGGGGGCGACGCGGUUGGGGACGAGUAGUGGGUUGUGGAUUAUGCAGGAGGCGAGGCGGAAGGCGGGGGAGGGGAGGAGGAUGGGGUCUGGUGGGGGCAUGGAGACGGAUGAGGAUGAGGACAGGCCUGGGGGUGGGGUGACGAGGCUGUAUACGGAUGAUAGUUCGUAUUAG